AGGUAACUUCAUCUAAUGCUAAAUGAGCUCAAAGGAAUCGAAUCCAACUUGAAAAUGCUAAUUUCGUCAAUCAUAUUUCUCAGCUGUCCGAGUCACUGCUUUCAUAACAAAAGAUCAGCACAUCAACUUUCAAGUACUUCGAGGGUGUAUUGGGUUCGUGGGUUCGUCUGUUUUGCUUUCUAUAAGGCGUUGCAGAUCGCCACAAUGAUUGUAGAGAUCCUGCUGUUCGCGGUGGCAGUGUUUCUGCUUCACUACUGGAUGUCCAGGCCUCGGGGAAUGCCACCGGGUCCUUUGGUCAUACCAUAUCUUGGCUCCAGGCUCGUCUUCACCGUCAGCCAAGUGCAGGCGAUGCACAAGAUUUACGGCGAUAUAUUCAAAUCUGAAAUAGGGUCACAUAAGCUGAUAUUCUUGUGCAGUAACAAACUCAUCAAAGAAGCCUUGGCGAAGGUGGACUUCGCUGACCGACCACGCCUUGAAGUGGCGCACUUUCUCACGGACGGCCAAGAGGCAGGUGUCAUAAUGAGCAACGGCCAACGAUGGCAGAACGCGCGGAGGUUCCUGCUGCGCAACCUCCGUGAUCUGGGCAUGGGGAAGACCUACCUGGAGGAGAGCAUCCUGGAGGAGGCCAGGGCGCUGGUCAAGGACUUCAGUAGCCACGCAGGAACGCCUUGCCAUGUGCCUGAGUCGCUCAACGUUGCCGUCUUGAACAUCAUCUGGCAGUUAGUCGCAAAUAAGCGCUACGACUUCCACGACAAGAAGGUGCUCGAACCCAUCGCCAUCUUGAGGUCCAUCGACUCGUCCUCCUUGGCCACGCUCAUCGAAUUUUUUCCCAGUGUAAAGAAACUUCUUCCAGGAUUCUUAAAGGAGAAGUUCUUUGCAGGGCAGAUGAAGAAACUUAAGGACAGCAUCGUAGAUUUACUGAAGGACACGAUAGAUUCUCACAGAGCCACGCUCAACCCGGCCAACCCGCGUGACGUCAUCGAUGAAUACUUAAUAGCCAUGGACGAAAAAAACGAAAUUGCUGAGUAUUUCAGUGAGCUGGAUCUGAUGAGGAUCAUCUUCGAUCUGUUCGCCGCGGGCUUCGACACCACGGCCAACACCCUUCGCUGGGUCUUCCUCUACAUGGCCAGGUUCCCCGAAGUGCAGCGCGCCAUCCAGCAGCAGAUCGACGAGGUUGUUCCGCGCGACACCUUGCCCUCCUACCAGCACAAGAGUCGGCUGCCAUUACUCGAAGCGAUGAUCCAGGAGGUUCUCCGCGCGUCGUCCAUGAUUCACAAUGGAGUCCAACGUGCAGCUCAGACUGACACUUACCUGGCAGGCUACCUCAUCCCGAAGGGGUCGUGGGUGUUCGGGUGCUCGGGAAUGUGCCACUCGGACUCGCGCUACUGGGACCAACCGCAGGAGUUCCGACCCGAGCGGUUCCUCGACCAAGAAGGAAGAGUCAAAACGCCGAAGGAGGGAUUCAUUCCCUUUGGUACAGGACGCAGGAGCUGUCUUGGAGAGGCUCUGUCAAGGAUGGAACUGUACAUCUUCUCGGCAGCCCUUCUGCAGAACUUCACUUUCUCUCCUCCAGCGGGCGUCGAGGUCGACCUUGAAGCCAGCCCCAAGCAACCAUCUGCACGCCUGGCUAAAGAACAAGAUAUUGUCAUCAGCAUCAGAGAGUGAUAACCUACUGGAUGUGGCCUCCUGUUAGUAUUUCAGGAUUUUCUGCAGUAGAUUUUUCUCAGAUGUAACCACGACGUCUCUAUGUAACAUGAUUAAUAUCAAUGGCAUUUCGAUUUUUUUGUUACUUUUAGUUUUAUGAUUAUUGUAGUUGUGUCGCCAUU